AUGUUACUUGAUGAUAUUGGUCAACGUUUCCUUGAGCGUGCUGUGGAACUAGUGAAGUCCGGAUACAAAUUUGUAUUUGUAUUGGACAAUAUCGAUUGGGAGGAAAGGGUCCAUGACAUGAGGAAAGACAAUCAAAACAUGAGUGUGCAUGCUGUGGCAACCACCAUUGUCUUCAAUCGAGUCCCUGAUGAGAAAUUACCAGAUUCAGAACCACAGCAAGAUCUACGAAAGUGCAAUGUUCAUCAGUUGGUGAAGCUUACUGCCUCAGAAAUAGAAAGUAUAAGAAAGCGGUAUUGCAGGUUUGUUCAAGAUCUUCUGUUUGAACAUUUUCCUUUUUUCAGCUCCUACCAAUCCAGCUUGCCUAACAACAGCACAUACUGUCGUUAUUCUGAUGAAAUGGCAAUGAAGUCAGAAACCAUUACUAUGCCAGUCCUGAUGAAAGACAAAAAAAAUAUGCAGAGUGUGUAGAUGUGCUGGAUAAAUUAGAAGAUUGGACGCAUCAAAUAUACUUUGCUGCUGGAUUGUGCCAAUCAAGUGAAUCAACCCCUUCUUCUGAUUCAAUUUGUGCUCCGACCCUACCUGCAUCUUCAAGUUCGGUUCCUGCUCCAUCCCUACCUGCAGCUUCCGGUUUGUUUUCUGCUCAGUCUCUACCUGCCUCUUCUGGUUCUAUUCCUGCUGUACAAUUAAGUUCUAGACCUGACCAACCUGCCUCACAUAUCCCACCUACUUCAUCUGGUGAAGACCCAUUGCACGGAGAUAGAGUUCCUUGUUUUGGUGACCAGCUUACUAGGGUCCGUCUUGCUGGUGCAAAAGACCUUCAUGCUGGUUGCCAUACAGCUAGACAACGUUUAGAUCACCUGUAUCCAUUCUGCAUUGUUGACUGGCAUACCAAGAGGAGCUACUUAAAGGUAACAUGCAUGAACUUUUUCAUACUUUGAUACAUAAGCUGCAGCCUAAGUGAGUCAUGAACAACUCAUAUAAACAGUCAAGUUUCCUUAAUUAAGUAACAGUUUUUUUACUAGCUUUUAUACAUCUGAGCUUAUUACGAAUAAACGGACCUCAUGGUUUUAUUUUGUGUAAAGGUCAAUUUAUUCGUAAUAUAUAAGCGUAAAUAAGGUAUAAAUUAAAGCUACAGUAGUCCAAAAGAAUCUGUUACAGUACUUAAUGAAACUGACUGUUUAUACGAGUUAUUUGUGAUUCGUUUAAGCUGAUUUUCCACUUCGCCCGUAUCAUACCGAAACGUACUGGUGAGCAUGCGCAGAUUGAAAAGAGAUUUAUAAAUCCAUGUACUUCCGGGUGUGUUCGCAUAUCAAAAUAAAAAGCUUGUCGCAAGUCAACUUUUUGCAUACUACGGAAGUACUAACCAAUCAACAGUCACAAAAUUUUGAAAUUAAAAAGUUUUUGAUAUGUUUCGGUAUGGUACGCUUGAAGUGGAAAACCAGCUUUAGGCUGCAGCUUAUUUAAGCUGAGACGUAUGAUAACUAUUUCCAGCUAGACUGUGGGCAACUCAAAUCAUUGCUCUUUUAAGCUGGAGUAAUACGAGCAACAAAAUUGGUGCAAAUUGCAACAGAAUCUGAUUUCAACGCAUGUUAAGUAGAAAUGUUGACACAUGUUGCCUACUGAUUUGUAGCCUGCGAGCAGGCACCCAGAGAGCCUGCUCGCAGGCUAUGUGAUUGCUAAUGUAUGUGUGAACAUUUUCAAUUAACAUGUGUUGAAAUCAGAUUUUGUUGCAAAGUUGCAGCAAUUUUGUUGCCCGUAUUACCACAGGAGGCCCAGGCUCGAUUUGCCAGCGCCCGCCUGUGCCUUCCUUAUAACGAGGGAAGGAAGGAAACAUUGAGACCAAAAUAGCCCAGACUUGGCAUAUGUCACACGAAACUAUCCUCGAUUAUUCGCCUUUAAUGCAUUCCUUUCACGAUUAAUCGACAUCCCCUGCAAGAAUGAUACCGUAUAACUCUCAAAACAACGAUGCUUUAAUCAAAGAGCUUAAAUUCGCUCUGAAAUCUGUGAGGGAAUAACAAAAUUCGGCCAAAAUAUAUGCGUGUGCCGGGUUUGCUGGACAAAAAGCGGAAGUCGUUGAACAACUCAAAAUACACUCAACCCUGAUUAGACGACGAAUAUCAACAAACAUUUCAAAUUUUCUUAAACAGUACUGUAAUAAUUUCAAUCAUACAAUCAAAACUAUUCACAAACAUUAUAAAGUGUAAAUAUUACUGCAUGUAAAUAUAACUGUAGUACGUACGUUAAUAUGUAUAAUAAAUUGUAUUUCACAUUGUUAAAAAAAUUUGAAAUGUUUGUUGAUAUUCGUCGUCCAAUCAGGGUUGAGUGUAUUUUGAGUUGUUCAACGACUUCCGCUUUUUGUCCAGCAAACCCGGCAUGCGGAUAUAUUUUGGCCGAAUUUUGUUAUUCCCUCGCAGAUUUCAGAGCGAAUUUAAGCUCUUUGAUUAAAGCAUCGUUGUUUUGAGAGUUAUACGGUAUCAUUCUUGCAGGGGAUGUCGAUUAAUCGUGAAAGGAAUGCAUUAAAGGCGAAUAAUCGAGGAUAGUUUUGUGUGACAUAUGCCAAGUCUGGGCUAUUUUGGUGUCAAUGUUUCCUUCCUUCCCUCGUUAAAAGGAAGGCACAGGCGGGUGCGGGCAAAUCGACCCUGGCCCUCCUGUGGUAUUACUCCACCUUUAAGGCCCAUUUACACUUGCAAUUUCUGCUGCGAUUUUCUUCUGAUGCAUGUGAACGAGUAAAUGAGUUAUGAAUGUUUUGAGUAUAUACCUCACUGAUGUACCCUCAUCUGAACAUUCAUAACUCAGAAGAAAAUUGCAGGAUUAAACAGGCCUUUACAUGCCUCAAAAUGGCAGAGCUUAACUGGAUCGACAAAUAUUCCCCACUUUUUUCACAGGGCUUAACUCAAACUUUCCAAGUUGUGUUUCUUUCAUUGAGUCUUUAAGCCCUUGACAAAAACAGAUGUGGUUUGGGCAUCGUUGGGUCUUAACUUGAAAAGGGCUUAACUCAAAGAUUACUUACCUCAUAUACCACACUUGCUGUAUCUUAUGUGUGGUAGUCGUGUUAAAUUUUCUGUUGUUAACCCGAAACCUACUUUACAUGUACAUGUUAAAGGGGGGGUCCAAAGUCCCCCCCCCCCCACGGCAUACCAGUCAGAAUGGCCAUACUCAUAGCAGGUGUAAUUGACUGACCAUGUAAUUCUUGUGUUACCAUAACAUGUUUGCUAAUGUGCAGUAAGAUUAUUGAGGCACUUUGAUGUUAUUGUUUUUAGAGUGUGUUUAAAAGAUUAUACAAGAGUUCUGCCAGAGAAAAAGGUACCAUCAGGUAUUUUAGAGAGAAGUUAAACCGGCGCAAUGUAACUCUUGAUGUGAAACAUUUUGAGGACUGUGAACAGUUGUUCAUGAGCAUGGGUAAAUGUUUUGUUGUAGAAGCCCUUUUGGAAUUUUUCCAAAUGACUGACACAAAGCAAAAACCUUCUCAAAAUGCUCCCAAUUCUCUGGAUGAAGAACAAAAGGAUGUGUACAUCAUCACUACAGUGGAAAAGUUCCUGGAUGAGUAUGUGUUUUCUGCAACAAAUGAUGGAGACGAUGCAUGUAUGAGAGACAGUGUGCUAUCAUAUUCAGUUAACCUGAUGGCUUCAUUCUUGCUGCUGGCUGAUUUAAAGAAUGCUGUUAAAUCUGGUAAUGGAGAAUACUUGGCAGUAUUACGAAAGCAAGCUGCUGGUACAUUUCUUCAGUAUUCCUGGCUACAAGAGUUUGCCAUAGAGAUGUUAAUAAACAUCCUUCAGUGUCAAGUCUUGCUCACUGAAGCAGAGGCACAUCAAUGUAAGUGGGCCGCAACUGUAAAUUGGCAUGGCAGUUCUGGUAAGAACAUUGAAAUAGACCUGUUCCAAGAGAACCAGAACAGCGAGAUGAAAAAACUGAUAAAGUCUAUGGGAGCUAACAAGUCGGAACAAGCUAUUUCGCAAGCAAGUAAAGCAUGUGGAGGUGUUAAAAAGAUUGUUCAAUCUUACGAAGAGCAUGUGAAUAUUCACCGAAAGUCCUCUUCCCAUUCACAUAAGUCUACUUUGAAUGAUGAAACGGUCAUUCUUGGAGACUUGAGGGAUUUGAGACCUUUCAAGAACGUAAUUGGUAGAGAAUUUGAAUCAUUUCAGGAUAUUUCUGCUAAUCCAAUGAAGAAGUUUGAUAGUGCUAAAUUUCAAACUUGGAUUAAAUGA